AUGUACAGUAUACUUCGGAUUCUAGCAGCACUAUGUUUUAUUGGAGUCGUGCAUUCAUAUCUACCUUCGGAUUACGGUGGCAAAUCACCAGAAUCGUCAAUAGAAGAAUCGAAUUGGGUCGAUGAGAAAGAAAUUCGCGAGCGUCUGUCUGCGAUUGCCGCCGAAAAAUUCUCACACCACUAUCAUGAACACCAGCAGGUCGAAAAUCAAAAUGUGACGACAGCGACAAAAAGCAGAUCAGUUAUCAGGUCAGCUGUUGAGAAAACGCGUAGGAAGAGAGACGGAGGAAUUGUGUCAGGACCUGUCGCCACGGCUUUAGUUACUGGAAUGAUCGGAAUGACAGCAAAAACAGUGGCUGAAUUGACAAGUUUUAACCCAAGGCUGUCAGAAGGGGGAUGUGAAUGGUUCGGAACAGCUCCACUCUGCAAUUUCCCAUGCCCAUCAGAUUAUGAUUACAUUCGCGCUAACAACGGAAGAUGCUCAUCCUGGUGGCUUUCAGGCUUCUGCUCCCCAGAUCCCAGUUUCGGAAAACCAUGUUCCACUAUUCUUGGAGAUUACUUCAGUAAACGAUUCUGUUGUAAAUCUGAUCCAAUGGAAUGUACAUGGUCUGGAAGAUGGAUGGGGGCUAAUACAGCUCACAAUAUUUACUGUAGAUAUGAUAACGUUGGAAAGUGUGGAACCAUUGACUGUUCUAUUAACCAUUUCACAUUAAAAGCACAAAAUUCGUCGGAAAUCACUGGUGAUCGGUGCGAUCGUCUCGAACUUUUUGGACUACGUGGAAAAGCGACAUGUGGUUAUAUUGCAUGGUUUAAUGAGGAAGGACAUAUUGUCAACUCAUGGUACAAGACUAGGUAA